UUCCUGCACAAGAAGGAGAACCCGGUGACCAUGGCGGUGGCCUCCUCCUUCCCGGGGCUCCUGCUCCCGGACCUCGUCCUGCUGGCCCGGCCCGUCCAAAGCAAGAAGCAGCCUCCGCGGCUGGAGCUCACCAGGCUGCUGCCGGCACAGCUGGUCCGCCUGUUUGUCCACAGCGAGGCCGGAUGGAGGCUGAAGCUCCGCCUGGCCUCCGGCCGCAGUUUCUACCUGAGGCUGGUGGCCGAGCCGGCCGAGGGCUGCCUCCUGUUCAACCGCUGGCGCUUCCUGAUCUUCCUGAUGCAGGGGCCCAUCCCGGCCUGGGCCCGGAGCCCCGACGAGCAGGCCGCCCAGGACGAGAGCGCCCCGAUGUCCGCAGCGGAGGCCCCCCCCAAACGGAAGGAGGUGGCCUUCCCUCCCCAGUACCCCGUCCCGAGGACCAAGGGGAGCCCGGGCUGGACCUGGGACAAAGCACUGCACUACCCUGGGCCGCUCUCCCAACUGAUGGACCAGCAGAGCGCCCCGGCCCUCCCGGAAGUGAUGUCGGAAGUGAUGUCGAGAGCGGAAGCCGCCCCCAUGUCCUUCCGGUCCCAGCAGAAGCUCCCAGUCAGGAGAGAAGAGCAGCAGAAGUGGGCGUGGCCCCAAGCGUGCGGGGGCGGGGGGGAAGGGGCGGGGGCGGGGGCGGGGGCGGGCACAAGGGCCUGGAGGAGAGGGAGGGCUGGUCCUGGACACCCAGCAGGCCAGAGUGCGGUGGGUUGCUUCCUUAGAUCAGAGCCCACCCUUUUCAGGAGGAGCACCCCGGGGAGCCUAGUGGAAGUGGAAGGGCAGCCGAGAGUCACCAUCCGGACUCUGUUCUCCACAAUUUCCGGGUCUCACCUGUCUAAGGCUGCCUCACCAGCGGAGACGUCCUCUUCAGGGCCCUCCAGGCCACCCUCCCAAGAGCACCCCCAGGAGCCGGGCACUGCCAACAAGCUGCCGCUCCCCCAAGAGCAGCCGCAGCCCCAGGAGCUCCCCCAAGAGCAGCCGCAGCCCCAGGAGCUCCCCCAAGAGCAGCCGCAGCCCCAGGAGUUCCCCCAAGACCAGCCGCAGCCCCAGGAGCUCCCCCAAGACCAGCCGCAGCCCCAAGAGCUCCCCCAAGACCAGCCGCAGCCCCAGGAGCUCCCCCAAGACCAGCCGCAGCCCCAGGAGCUCCCCCAAGACCAGCCGCAGCCCCAGGAGCUCCCCCAAGAGCAGCCGCAGCCCCAGGAGCUCCCCCAAGACCAGCCGCAGCCCCAAGAGCUCCCCCAAGACCAGCCGCAGCCCCAGGAGCUCCCCCAAGACCAGCCGCAGCCCCAGGAGCUCCCCCAAGACCAGCCGCAGCCCCAGGAGCUCCCCCAAGAGCAGCCGCAGCCCCAGGAGCUCCCCCAAGACCAGCCGCAGCCCCAGGAGCUCCCCCAAGAGCAGCCGCAGCCCCAAGAGCUCCCCCAAGACCAGCCGCAGCCCCAGGAGCUCCCCCAAGAGCAGCCGCAGCCCCAGGAGCUCCCCCAAGACCAGCUGCAGCCCCAGGAGCUCCCCCAAGACCAGCUGCAGCCGCAGCCCCAAGAGGGCCCCCAAGAGAGGCGCCAUUCCAAGAGGCACCACCACCACUCAAAACACCACCACCACCAUUCAAAAUGGCAGCAGCUCCCCCAAGAGCAGCCACAGCCCCGAAGGCUGUGCAAAUGCCCGAGCAUGCAGGAGCCGCCACUGCGGGUUAAGGUUCGGGAAACCUUAGGGGAGCCCAGAACACUGGCCGAAGGUCUUUUAAAAAAAAUUGAGGCCUGGGAUGCCUGGCGGUUCGGGUGGGUCCGCUGCCAGCCUCCGGAAGCCGCCGGGGUCGCCACAGAGCAGCCCAAGGACAACCCGAGGGACGGUCCGGAGCCCACCCAGGCCUCACAGCCCUGCGCCAGUUUCAAGGCUCUGAGGAAGGCUAUCCAGAAGCCACCGAGCUGGCUCACCAGAGCAUGGCAACAGGGCAAAAAGGUGGUCUGCACCUGUACCAGGGGCUCCAGCUAAUCCCCUGCCCAGGCCACCUAACUGCAUUAGAUUUUUUUUUUUAUUUUUUUAAAAUAUAUUUUAUUUGAUUAUUUCCAAGCAUUAUUCAUUAAAGACAUAGAUCAUUUUCUUUUCCUCCCCCCACCCCCACCCCCCAUAGCCAAUGCGUAAGUCCACUGGUUAUUACAUGUUUUCUUGAUUUGAACCCAUUGCUUUGUUGAUAGUAUUUGCAUUGGAGUGUUCAUUUAGAGUCUCUCCUCUGUCAUGUCCCCUCAACCGCUGUAUUCAGGCAGUUGCUUUUCCUCGGUGUUUCCACUCCCAUAGUUUAUCCUUUGCUUAUGAAUGGUGUUUUUUUUUUCUCCUGGAUCCCUGCAAGUUGUUCAGGGACAUUACACCGCCACUAAUGGAGAAGUCCAUUACCUUCGAUUAUACCACAGUGUAUUAGUCUCUGUGUACGAUGUUCUCCUGGUUCUGCUCCUCUCGCUCUGCAUCACUUCCUGGAGGUUGUUCCAGUCUCCAUGGAACUUCUCCACUUUAUUAUUCCUUUUAGCACAAUAGAAUUCCAUCACCAACAUAUACCACAGUUUGUUCAGCCAUUCCCCAAUUGAAGGGCAUCCCCUCGUUUUCCAGUUUGGGGCCACCACAAAGAGCGCAGCUAUGAAUAUUCUUGUACAAGUCUUUUUCCCCAUUAUCUCUUUGGGGUACAGACCCAGCAGUGCUAUGGCUGGAUCAAAGGGUAGACAGUCUAUUAGCUCCCUUUGGGCAUCAUUCCAAAUUGCCCUCCAGAAUGGCUGGAUCAGUUCUCAACUCCACCAGCAAUGAAUUAAUGUCCCUACUUUGCCACAUCCCCUCCAGCAUUCAUUACUUUCCUUUGCUGUCCUGUUAGCCAAUCUGCUAGGCGUGAGGUGAUACCUCAGAGUUAUUUUGAUUUGCAUCUCUCUGAUUAUACGAGAUUUAGAGCACUUCUUCAUGUGCUUGUUAAUAGUUUUGAUUUCUUUAUCUGAGAACUGCCUAUCCAUGUCCCUUGCCCAUUUAUCAAUUGGAGAAUGGCUUGAUUUUUUUUUGUACAAUUGAUUUAGCUCUUUAUAAAUAUGAGUAAUUAAACCUUUGUCAGAGGUUUCUAUGAAGAUUUUUUCCCAAUUUGUUGUUUCCCUUCUGAUUUUAGUUACAUUGGUUUUGUUUGUACAAAAGCUUUUUAGUUUGAUGUAGUCAAAAUUAUUUUACAUUUUGUGAUUCUUUCUAUGUCUUGCUUGGUUUUAAAGCCUUUCCCCUCCCAAAGGUCUGAUAUGUAUACUAUUCUGUGUUUACCCAA